UUCAUAGCCGCAACUUACCAUUUCCUUCCUUGAUGACUUUUUUAUCAAUACCCAUUUCAGAUUAUGUUUCAAUCUCUUGAAUAGCUAAAAUCUAUAAAACAUAUACAAGUUAACGGUAUUUUGUAUAUCUAAUCCACUAAGGGCUUUUUCUUGUGCUUUUUGUACUACACUGAGUGUGCCUUAUACACAUUCUUCAGAGGACUUUUAGUUUUUAUUUAUAACAAAUUUCAGAUUAAUUUGUUAAAAGAAUUGCCGAGACCUCAUUUCCAGCACACCGGCGAAGUGUGGCCACGCCACGUGAUCGAAAGGGCGCGCCUGAAUCACCAAUCAUAAAUAUCUUAUAUAUCGUUGCAAUCCUCAUCCUUACGACGAUUUCCUUACCCAAUCAGGAAAAUGUGGUGAACUAUUACUUCACAAUUGCCUUUAUAUUGCCGAGCAACAUACCACAGCAAAUUGUAUCUGUCAUUUACAGACAUUGGUUUAGCAGCUGCAACAGGAGACAUGAAAGUCAAAUCAAACCUGCUCGAGUACUUGCACCUGGAUCGGUCGUUUAGUCUACUUACUGUCAAAAACACAAGGCUUGUCUUGGAAUAUUUUAAUUUUCUUGACGUCCACAAGAAAGGAAAACUGAAUGACAUUCAAUUUUAUCAAUUUCUACGCCAUGUAACGAAUCUGGACAAAAGACAAAUCUUCCUGGUUCUAGACAUGCUUGACCAACAAGCCACAGGGUACAUACGCUUCCAGGAAUUUUACUUACUGGUCUGCAUUCUCAUUGCAUUGAAAGAUCGCGUAGAAAAGCAAUUCAUAUUUCGCCACUCUAAACUUGUGUUUGAAAUAAUGGACGAAGAUGGGGGUGGGACAAUAUCCGCAGAUGAAUUUGGUCAAUAUGGUUUUCUGUUCAACCUUAAAGAUCAUUCGGUGCAAGACAUUUUCUUCGAGUUUGACGUUUCCGGAGACGAAGAACUUGACUACAAAGAAUUUAAAAUGUUCGCAAUGGCAUGUAUAGACAAACAAAAAGAACUAGACGAAAAGAAAAAAGAGCGAAUGUUAAAAGAUUUGGAUACGGUUCGAGAAGAUAUUGCGGCAGAUUUAGACUGA